AUGCCGAAGCCUAUCUCAGGGAGUCUCGACCUAAGAGGUCUCCCUCAGAGGGAUGAACUAGCAGAAAUGUGCAUCAAGCUUGGUUGCCAGAUCCUGUGGUCUCAGGCCCACCAAAAGGACCGUGACUCCCCCAAGUGCUGUGGUUCUGUCCCUCAGACUAUGGUGUCCACUGUUUCCUCUGCUGGUCCGAGGCUGUCCAGAUAUAAAGUCGCCACUGGAACAGGAACAGCAGUGCAAGUGGAGAAGACCAUGGACGCAGAACACCAGGCUUUAGCUGAGCUCUACCAGCAGGGCUUUGAUCCCGCUGAGUACCUGCGCUACAACUACAGCUACCCACGUGCUGACUUUUCCAAGGAGGACAGCUUCACCGUCUGUUUGUUGAAAACCCUGCACAAGGCUUUUACUGAAGGUGACAUCAAAGGAGGGGUGCUGCUGGACGUUGGUUCAGGUCCAACUAUUUACCAGGUGAUGGCAGCAUGCGAGAUCUUCGACAAGGUGAUCAUGAGUGACUUCCUGGAGGCCAACCGAAACGAGCUGAGGAACUGGUUGGAGAACAAUGGGAAGUGCAGCCUGGACUGGUCUCCAUUCUUCAAGUACGCCUGCAAGCUGGAGGGACGAGAACCUUCUGCUUGGGAAGAAAAAGCUGCACGACUGAGGAAAGUGCUGAAAGGCAUUGUCCCUGCGAAUGUCCACCUCCCUCAGCCAGUGAGCGCCGACGUGGUCCCACCUGAAGGAGCCGACUGUAUUGUCUCCUGCUUCUGUCUGGACGCUGCCUGCCUCACCAUGCCCCUCUACUCACGAGACUUGGGCCAUGUCGUGUCUCUGCUGAAGCCUGGUGGUCACCUCAUGAUCGUCGGCACCGUAGGAAUGACCUAUUAUUAUGGUGGUCCCCAAGCAAAUGUCUCAACUUUCCCCUUCACUGAGGUUGAGGUUUGUCAACUGCUCAGAGAGAACGGCAUGAGCCUGAUCCGAUUGGAAAUGUUCCCACUACCCCAGAAGGAAGAGACGACGGAUGAUGCCAAAGCAAUUUUGUUUGUCAAAGCCAAGAAGGAUUGA